GAAAUUAGCCCAGCUGCUGUGAAUAACAACACUAUAUUAUUUUAUCAUGGCCUUGUCCUCCGACCUCCGAUCCGCCUAUAACGUUAAGAAUAAAAAGCAGGACAUCCCCCUGCCACCCGUGAUCGAUGUGAUGCAGAAUCGUUAUCCGUUUUGCAUUGUCUGGGCGCCGAUUCCGUUUAUCUCCUGGAUUUUCCCCUUUAUCGGGCAUGUCGCUAUCUGCGAUAGCGAGGGCAGGAUUUAUGAUUUUCAAGGUGAUUUCCAUGUUGGCACUGAUCGAAUGCUUUUUGGGCGCCCACUGAAGUACUGGGAUCUCUCUAAAUUCUACGUACCGUCUUUCUAUAAUCCCUCGAAAGAUAUGCACCAGAUCGAUAGUGAACAAGUCCAAGACGAAAUCGACGCUUACAACUCUGGCAUAAGCCUUGCCAAAGGCCAGUUUACCUUUUCGGAGCACUAUAACUUCUUUACCAAUAAUUGCCACUCAUUCGUGGCAGAUUGUCUUAAUAAACAAACAAUUUGCCUUCAGAAGUCAAACAUGUUUUCAAUUUGCUUAGGGAUGGUUUUGCACAGCAAGUACACUUCCAUGUAUGGGUGUGCUAUCGUAUUUGCACCUCCUAUUAUUUUAGUAGUGCUCCUGAUUAUUAUUAUAUCUUGCUGUUAGACUGCAUAGAGGUUGCAAUAGGCGGAUCAUUAUUAUUACCUUUUUCGUUUGGAAGCACUUGGAAUCCAUUUACUCAAAAACUUGAUUAAUUACAAUAAAUGUGAAGGUUUACACCGUUCUAAUGAUAAAAACUAUGCGAUGUUAAGAGAUCCGUAAAAUGGUAUGAAGACGAAAUCGAUAUAUUCGUAAAGUUUGGUUUUCUUCUUGACAAUUCCUUCCAA